GAAAAAGCCAUUUACCAAUACCACAACCAACAAUAUAUAAUAACCUAAGCAGACUUAAGAGAGAGAAAGAGAGAGAGAGUAUUGCAAAUAUAGUAUAACUGCCCUCAGUUCACACUCUCCUCAACUUCCCCUAUUUGGAACACCAUUUCAUUCAUUCAACACCAGAGUUGGAAAGAAUAACCCAAGACAAUUGCAAGAGUCUUCUAUAUGUAGAGUGGAGUUCACUGUGGAUUGAAGAUUCUUUUUUUUUGUGAGUGGGCUGCAGAGCAAUCAAUAUUGGGACUAUUCAUUUCUUUUUAAAGAUAAUUCAUUUGGAAGUCUAUAAACUGAGUAUGAAUCACUGUGUUCCGGAUUUUCACGAGAUGGAAGACGACUUCUCACCUCCUAUGCCUUCUGGAUUUUCCAGAUCCAUAAAGCCUGCAACAGGUGAAGAGGAGAUCAUGGAGUUGCUAUGGCAAAACGGCCAAGUAGUGAUGCAGAGCCAGAAUCAACGACCAUCAAAGAAGAGUACCUUCGGCAGUGGCAGCGGCAGAGGCGAGGUAGUGAUUCCGGCAGAGAGAGAGAUCCGAUCGAGCGGCGAAGAGCAGCAACAUUUAUUUAUGCAGGAGGAUGAGAUGGCGUCUUGGCUUCAAUAUCCACUCGAUGACUCCUCCUUCGAUCGCGAUUUCUAUACGGAUCUCCUAUAUUCAGCUCCUCCUCCGCCAGCGCCCAUCCCCACCACAACACCUUCUAGACCGGUCUCAGAGAUCCGCCCGCCGCCGGUUCCGCCUCGGCCGCCUAUACCGCCGCCGGCCAUCAAACACUGCCACGGCGGGCGGCACUUCCGCGAGGACCGGAGAAUUAGGAGCUGGUACAUCCUCCGGCGGCUCCGGAGCCAGUUUCACCGCCAGCGAGCCGCCACCGCCACCGCCACCGCCUCCGCAGAGAGCGCCGCCUCCCCCAGAAGACCGGAAACGCAAAGCAAGAGAAGCUGACGACAACGAAUGUCAGAGUGAGGACAUUGAGGUUGAGGCUGGGGAGGCUAAAAAACAAGGCCGUGGUUCAACCUCAACAAAGAGGUCUCGUGCUGCAGAAGUCCACAACCUAUCGGAAAGGAGGCGUCGAGAUAGAAUAAAUGAAAAGAUGAAGGCGCUGCAAGAACUCAUACCUCGUUGCAACAAGUCUGACAAGGCCUCGAUGUUGGAUGAGGCGAUCGAGUAUUUGAAAUCACUUCAACUGCAAGUGCAGAUGAUGUCGAUGGGAUGUGGGAUGAUGCCUAUGAUGUACCCUGGCAUGCAACAAUACAUGCCGGCUAUGGGAAUGGGCAUGGGUAUGGGGAUGGGUAUGGAUAUGGGGAUGAACCGCCCGUAUCCAUCUAUGUUACCCGGUUCGGCAAUGCCAAAUCCAGCUGCUGCAGCACAUAUGGGUCCUAGAUUUCCCAUGCCACCAUUUCAUAUGCAGCCAGUUCCAGUGCCUGAUCCUUCAAGAAUCCAGGCUCCUAACCAAACAGAUCCCAUAUUAAACUCAGUUACUUCCCACAAUCCAAACCAACCAAGAAUGCCAAACUUCAUCGAUCCAUAUCAACAGUUUCUCGGUCUCCAACAAGCACAACUACCUUUGCCACAGAACCAAGCAGUGGUGCAGCCUGGUGUCAGCAAGCCGAGUAGCAGCAAAGAUAUGGGCAACCCUGAUAAUCAGCAACCUGGUUGAUUCAGUGAAAAGCGAACGAGGGGAGGCUUUCGUUCUGCCCGACAAAAUUUUGUAAAGAGAGAGAGAGAGAACGACAAAGAGAGAGUAGAGCCCAAGUACAUUCCAGACCCUCUUAGCUAACAUCAUUUAUCGUAUUCUAACAUGUAACCCUUAUCUUAGUAUCGGUCUUUUCUCGUUACUUAGUCUUGGCUCUGGGCAGAGAGAUUCGUGAAAUUCAAACUGGAAACAGUAGUUUUGAGGAAAGGCAGUAUAAUUUUAGUGAGGAUACGAUAAAGUUGGAAAAUUUUUAUUCGAAUCAGGUUCGACCGAAUAAUCAAAUCGAUACAGUAUAAAUCUGUUACAUUUGUCA